GGCGCAAAGACAACUCAUUAUCGAUCUGGAGAAGUAUAAAGAGAAACCGCUGAGAGUCAAGAUGCAGGGUGGUCGCGAAAUCGUGGGUAUAUUAAAAGGAUUUGAUUCCUUGAUGAACAUCGUUCUCGACGAAGCUGUCGAAUAUAUGCGUGAACUGGACGACCCAUACGAGCUAAACGGAGAGCAGCGCACUUUGGGAAUGGUGAUUUGCCGAGGCACCACCAUUAUGACCGUAAAUCCUGUAGAAGGCAUGACUGAAAUUCAAAAUCCUUACGAAAUGUGCAUUGUUUAUUCACACAAACAAUCGUAA